UUACUGGGGCUUCCUUUUAUUGCGGGGCCUGGGGAAAUCCCUCACUUCUUCAAGGGAUUGACUAUUCCUGAUGGUGGAGUGCAUAUAAUUGGAGGGAAAGUUGGGGAGGCUUUUAUUAUUUUUGCAACAGAUGAAGAUGCGAGACGUGCCAUAAGUCGUUCAGGAGGGUUUAUCAAGGAUUCAUCUGUAGAGCUUUUUCUUAGUAGCAAGGCAGAAAUGCAGAAGACCAUAGAAAUGAAAAGAACUGCUCGUGGAGGAAGAGGGCGACUGGGAUCAGGGGCAUCAGGGGCUAGCAGCCUGUACCAUUUUAUUGAUGCUAUGAAGGAAGAGGAGAGUUAUUCUGGAUAUGGCUCUUCAAUUAAUCAAGAUGCUGGGUUUCAUACUAAUGGUACAGGACUUGAUAUAAGGCCAAGAAAGACCAGGCCAUUGAAGGCUGAGAACCCUUACUUGUUUCUACGAGGUUUGCCUUACUUAGUAAAUGAAGAUGAUGUACGUGUCUUUUUUUCUGGUUUGUGUGUGGAUGGAGUAAUUUUCUUAAAACAUCAUGAUGGCCGAAAUAAUGGUGAUGCUGUAGUAAAAUUUGCAUCAUGUAUUGAUGCUUCAGGAGGUCUUAAAUGCCAUAGAAGUUUCAUGGGUUCAAGAUUUAUAGAAGUAAUGCAGGGCUCAGAACAACAGUGGAUUGAAUUUGGUGGUAAUGCAGCUAAGGGUGGUGAUGUUCCUUGUAUGAGAGCUGAAGAACAUUCUCCGUCAAGAGGCAUGAAUGAUAGAUAUUUUCGAAAACGGACUCAUUCAAAAUCUCCUAGAAGAACACGUUCUCGCUCUCCUCUUGGAUUUUAUCUUCACUUAAAAAAUCUGUCCUUAAGCAUUGACAAAAGAGAUUUAAGAAAUUUCUUUAAAGAUACUGAUUUGACUAAUGAACAGAUUAAGUUUUUAUAUAAAGAUGAAAGAAGAACACGGUAUGCCUUUGUGAUGUUCAAGAAUCUGAAAGACUAUAAUACUGCCCUGGGUUUGCAUAAGACUGUUUUACAAUAUCGUCCAGUUUUUAUUGAUCCAAUUUCUAGAAAGCAAAUGGUGAAAUUCAUUGAAUGUUAUGAAAAGAAGAGACCAGGGUCGGUAGAGAAAGGAAGGCCUGGACGUGUUUCACAAAAGUUCUUUGAAGAAGGCUACUCUGGUCAGAAGCUGUACAUAUAUAUAAGAAACUUUCCAUUUGAUGUUACAAAAGUUGAAGUGCAGAAGUUCUUUGUAGACUUUUCCCUUGUUGAGAAUGACAUUUAUUUGCUUUAUGAUGACAAGGGAGUUGGUUUGGGAGAAGCACUGGUGAGAUUUAAAUCAGAAGAACAGGCCAUGAAAGCUGAACGUUUAAACCGCAGAAGAUUCUUAGGGACAGAGGUGUUGUUAAGACUUAUAUCUGAGGUACAAAUGCAGGAGUUUGGCGUAAAUUUUUCCUUUAUGUGCAAUGAGAAAACACAAGCCUGUUCCCAGUCACACAAUAGAGAUGACCAUUCCCGUCUGUUUGACCUAAAAGACUCACCAUUAUGUUCACUGGGCCGGUCUGAAAGCGUUGGUUACCAGCCAGAAGACUUAAGGCAUCCCCACAGGUAUUUCCAACAGUCUGACAAGCGCCCUCUAGAAGACUUCCGACACUCUCCUGAGGACUUCCGACACUCCCCAGAAGACUACAGACACCCCCAGGAGGAACACAUCAGGUGCUCAAGGGAGGAAGCCUGGAGACGGCCUCUAGAGGAUUGGAGAUGGUCACCAGAAGAUGACUUCAGGCACUCUCAUGAGAAAGAUUUUAGGCAGCUGCCAGAGGAUGAUUUCACAUUCUCUUGGGAGGACUUCAGACGGCCACCUCAGGAGCACUUCAGGAGACCAUCCCAGGAGCACUUUAGAAGGCCACCCCAAGAACAUUUCCGGCUUUCCAGAGAGGAGUAUUUCAGGCAUAUGGUAGAUGAAGACUAUAGGCACCCUUCUGAUGAGGACUUCAGGACCCAAGAAGAAGAUCUGAGAUGUCCCACUGAUGAGGACUUCAGGCAGGUCUCUGGGGAGGACCUCAGGGAAGUAUCAGAGGACAGCCUUAGAGUUCCUGAUAGUUUUAGAUCUCCUGGUGAGGAAUUUUGGACCUCACCUGAUUUCAGAGAUCACCAUCCUUUUAUGAACUUUGGUCACUUAGAAGGUGGCAAGUUUGAUUUUGGAAAGCAUAAUAUAGGAUGUGUUCCUGAGGGAAGAUUUAUGCCUGAUCUAAAAUUAAAUUGUAGUUCAGGUAGAAUAACUCCUGUUAAGAUCAUGAAUCUUCCAUUUAAAGCUAAUGCUAAUGAAAUUUUAGACUUUUUCCAUGGUUAUAAAGUCAUACCUGACUCAGUUUCAAUACAGUAUAAUGAGCAAGGGUUACCUAUAGGAGAAGCCAUUAUUGCUAUGAUAAAUUAUAAUGAAGCUAUAGCUGCUAUUAAAGAACUAAAUGGUAGACCAGUUGGUCCCCGCAAAGUUAAGCUCAUUUUGCUUUAGAGAGCCUUUCUAAGUCCUUAGUUUUCUUUCACAGUAUUGAUGCAGAAAAACAUAGCUUUCUUAAAAGUUUAAAUUAUCUAAUUAAACAUUUUAAUUUUAACUUGUGAAUAAACAAACUGUGUUAUGUAAAUAUGGAUUUCCUUUGCUUACAAAUGGACAUUCCUUUUCCUCUCUAAUUUAAAAUUACAUAUGCUUUUUUUCUUUGAUAGGGGAGAGGAAACAAAUUUCCUGAAUUCCUUAGUUUCAUUGAUGUUAUGGAUAAACCCCGGUCUUGUGAAAUAUGGAGUUAUGUUUGGGGAAGGUAAAUUUAUUUUUGUUUUCACCAUCUUUUACUCAGACUGUAUAAGGAAAUGAUGGAUGACUGACUGUUCAGGUUUGGCACUUUAAUUGCUACCUGCCUGCAGAAUUCCCUUUUGUUUGAGAUAUUGUGUGAAGGUCUCCUAUUAAUUUUAAAUGGUUCAGAAAAUGAACAUACUGUAAAUUUGAAUUUUACUUAUGUGAAAGGCUUAGGAACUUCCCAACAUUUGUGUUCACAACUUUGAAAAGUUUUAUAAAAUAAAAUUGCAACUGAAAUACUUAUUAACUUGUAUUUGUAUAACAGGAACAAAGACAGAAUUGCAGCUGGGUAUUAUAAAAUUUCUCAACAGUUCUAUUAAAACUAUAUGGUAAGCAGAAUCAAAUAAUGUGUAAUAAUAAUGCACAGGUCUAUGAUUUCUUCAACAUCAUUUUAUCCUAAGCACCAAGGGCCUGGAGCUUAUCAUAACUAGACUGCUAAGAUUAACCCAAAAUAUUCAGAAGUUAGUAAAAUAAUUUGCUUAAUGCUAAAGGGGAACUCUCUGGCUGGCAAGAAUAUGACAAAAGAGUAUAUAGUUUUUCUAGGAACAAUUUACUGGUGACUCAUUUGGUUUCCUUUUUUAGCUUCAAAACUUUGUAUUUAUUCACAGACUCACUACAAAAUUUCUGAGUGUGAAUUUUGACUUUGAUACUCAAUGUUUAUAUUUUGCUUAUACUCAAUUAGAUUUUCCUUACGCAUAAUAAUAGAAGUAGCUGACAUGGACCGUAAUUUAUUAGACAGUAAGUCCUUUAAUGUAUGACCUCUAUUAUCUCUAUUUCACAAAUGAGAAAAGAAGUUUAGAGAGUGUAAGCAAAUUGCCUGAAGUAAUACUAAGUUAUGGAACCAAUUUCAACACCUGUAAGCAGACCUUUGAUUAUACCAUGUCCAUAAAUAUUUUUGCUGUGUCACUUUGUUAUAUGGUAUUUUUAACUUUAGUAAGAUUAUGAUAAAAAUAUUUUCACAAGCAAA